AUGUCGCGCUAUCCCGACUACCUGACGCCGAACACGACGCCGUUGAAGCUGACCAAAGGACAAAAGUCACGGGCGCGACGGGAGCCCUCUGGGGUAUUUUCGCUGUUCCAAGCUCCGCAGAUCCAGCAAUUCAAGGAGGCGUUCCAGCUGAUAGACCACGACAAGGACGGGUGGGUGAACGAGAGCGACCUGAAAGAGAUAUUUGCGAGCCUGGGAAUCUCGCCAUCGAAGCAAAUGCUGGAUGAACUGCUGAGCGCGCGACCUGGAGGCGACACGCGAACAGAGACGGGGAACGAGCGAGGAAUCAAUUUUACAAUGUUCCUGACGAUGAUGAGCGAGCGGCUGUUUGAAUUUGACACAGAAGGAGAGCUGCUGGAGGCAUUUGGAUCGUUUGACGAGAACGACGCGGGGGUGGUGAAAGUAGAGGAAAUGAAAAAGUGGCUGAGCGAGGUUGGAGAGGGAAUGGACGAGCGGGCGAUUGACCGGCUGCUCAAGGGCCCCUUCACCGACCGAGUUGGGAAUUUCAACUACCGGGAGUGGGUAAAGGUACUGCGGGUGAAUGACGCGGAGGAGGAGAAUACAUUUUAG